AUGGGCGGGAGCGAGGGAGUCCUCCAGGGGUGCCUGGACAGGGUCAACGAGCAGCUCGAGCACGGAGAGCUGCCCUGCACGAAGGCGCACUUCCCUGCCGUCAACCCCUUCGAUUUCGAAGACCUCGAGGCGCUGGCGAACCACGACUUCACGGUGGACUUGCACGCCGACGAGGUCGACAAGGCCCUCCGCGACUUCGUUGCGUCCAUCCUGGGCAUUGUCUGGAGCAACGUUCGGCUCGAGAACGAGGGCCAGGCCAAAGCCCUGCGGCGCUUCAACGAUGACCUCCGCGCUCGCAUGGAGAUAUUGGAGAGUUGCCUGCAGGAGAGGUCCAAGCAGCUCUCGAACUGCCGGUUCGCUUACUGGCAGGAGAUCACGCAUUUGCGCAACCAGGUGUAUUUCAAGGAGAAAGAGGCAGAGAACUUUGAGGCUACUCUCGCCUACUUCUUCGAUCCCACAGAGUACCUGGAGGAGGAGCUGCGGGGGUCUCUCAACGAGAGAAUCAAGCAAAGCGUUAGAGCUUACCAGACAAGACUGAAUGAGCUGACGCUUCGCAACAGUGCCCUGGAGCUGCAGCUCGAGUCGGCAGGCGGGCGCUUCAAGCCGAUGGAGUCCGACGACAUGGAGCGGGUGCUGCGGGCCCUAUAUUCGAAGCACGGCUGGAAGAGGAUCGUCGACACCAUGGGGAACGACAUGUGCAAGAAGGAGCUGCUCCAGUGGGCCAGGGCCCAGGGCCUCGUGCCCGGGGCCGAGGCCGGCGGCGAGGGCAGCGAGGGCGGCGGCCUGGGGGAGGAGCUGGCGGAGGCGCGGGCGCAGAGCGCGGCGGCGUGGAAGCAGGUGGAGAAGAUGAGACAGGCGCUCACCCAGAUGAGUUCUCAGAAGGAUGACGCCGAGAGGCUGCAGGCUGAGACAGAGGAGCGCCUCGAGGAGAAGCUUCGCCUUGACGCGGGUCAGGAGGGCCGGGACUGGAUGGCCGAGGCGGCCGAGGAGGAGCGGCGCGCCCUCGCCAGCGAGCUUGAGGCCACCCGCCGGGACCUCGCCAUGGCCAAACUCGCGCAGGAGCGGGAGAGGGCCCGCGCGGACCACGCGGAGGAGCGGGCGAUGGAGCGCGCGACGACGGAGCCGAGGCUCUCGGCGGUGUCCUCGAUGGAGGCGCCGCCCCCUGAGCAGGCAUACAGGCGCAUGUCGACCCUGGCGAGGCUCCAGCAAGCACACUCGGCGAUGCAGCAGCAGGAGACGGAGCGCUUGAAGACCAGAGAGAGCCUCAGGAAAGGGGAGGGUGUCAGGUUCAAGCAGCAGGUGCAAAAGAUCUUGGGCCAGGGCAAGCUCAUCAGCCUGCUGCGCGCCAGAGCCAACGACAGCGCUGGAGGCGGGGCCGCUUCCAGCAGCGCGACCCCCGGCAUCCCGGAGGCCUCCUGCGGGGGCUCCUCGAGCUCCACCAGCAGCCCCAGCCCGCGGGGCCACGCCGCCCCGAGGCGCACGCCGGCGGCCGAGGACCGCCGGGAGCAGGCGGCCCAGGCGGCGGGGGACGGCCCGGAGGCGGCGCACGCCGCCGGCGGCCGGGGGCAGACGGCGCAGGUGGGCCGAGACGGCCUGGAGCAGCUGGUGCAGAAGGAGCUGGAGCUGCGCCAGCAGCGCAGAGCAGAAGGGACCAGCAGUCAGGAGGUCGCGGGCGACGGCCUGAAGCAGGUGCUCGAAGCGGACGUGCAGUCGAAGCUCCCCGCGCGGCUGCCCCUCCUGGGACUUGGCCAGCAGAAGCUGCGGAUGGGGGACUCCGCAGCGCAGGGCGACGGCGCCGAAGGCAACACGACCUGGCCCGUCACGGCUGCGGCGGCGCACGGCGGCAGUGUUGAUCCGCCCAGCAGCAGGCGGGGCACGUCUCCGAAGACUUUUGCGAAGCCCCCUCUGCCGGGCUCCCCGCCAGGGUCGCCCGGAGGGAACCGCUGGGGCAUGUCCCGCCUCGCCGCGCCCGGCUCCCCCGGCGGGGGCGCCUCAGCCCGCGCCGCGCCUGCCUCUCCCAGCGGGGGCGGCGGCAGCGGCUUCCGCCUCGCCGCGGCAGCCGUCCUCAGAGAGGGGGACGACGGGAGUUUCGGGGAGCUAAGCGCCCGUGGCCGCGGCCUCGUGCCAGUGGCAGACGCCGCCUACGACCUGGGCGAUGGCCGCGGCGGGGGGAGCACCCAGAGCCACGGCGUUCCGGCAUCCGCCCAUGGCAUGGGCGGCACUGGUGGCCACGCCACCUUUCCCAGCGACCCUGGCGAGCGCAGAAGCGGGGAUCGAGCGGCUGAUGCCGCGAUGAGCGUGGGGGGCCCGCUUCCAGCGUCGUCCAGCGGCGGCCAGGCCAUCUGGUCCAGUAGCCCUGGCGACAACGCUGAUGCAGUCCAACGGGCUGCCAGAAGCGCAAGAGCGCAGGGCCAGUCUCCAGUGUCGCAAGGCGGUGGCCAUGCCCCCUCGUUCGGCGCUCCUGGCGAGGGCGGCGACGGCGGUGGCCACGGCGCAGCCCUCCUGGAGGUGCGCAGCAGCAGCCAGGCCGCGCUGCGCAGCGCUGGGGUGCAAGCGCCCGCUGCCGACGCGGCGAGCGCGCGCGGCGCACCCAUCCGAGGGAGCGCCCGCGGAGGUGCCGGCCCCGAGCUCCCCUCGGGUGCGCUGGGCGGCCUGGCAGUGGUUGCCGCCAGCCUGCCGCCUGGGGCCCAGGCGACCACUGCGAUGCUGGGGCCAGCGGCCGCCGCUUCCGUCAACAGCGGAGAGCCCGCGGGGGCGCCCGACCACGGGUCGAGCACCGAGCGGGCACUCGCAGAGGAUGCCCUCCAGGAGGACAUCGACCGUGUCACGGAAUCCCUCAUACACGCCCUGGGUCAGCGUUCGGAGCAGCUGAACGAAAUGGAGCUGGAGGUCUACGAGCUGCGGGGCCUGCUCGAGGAGUCUUCGAGGCUCGCGGCAGAGGUCACUUCGCCGAAGGUCUGCCAUCGAAGCCCCGACGACGUGCGGGCUGCGAUGGUCGGAAUGGCGCGCCUGGCUAACUUCGCGGGAGCGUUCUACGCGACGGGCCGCCAGGCGAGCAAGUCCUUCUGCGGGGGCCCGACGGAGGCGGCCGGGAUCCGCGGGCGGCUCGACAGGGCCGCCACCGCGGGGGCGACGGAGGAGGAGGCGGCCGCCGCCAUCUCCUCCAUCGAGGCCGUGCGGGCGUGAAGCUCGCGUCCGCCGACAGCUCGCUGCUCCGGGCACGUGCCCCGACCACCUUCCACGCUCAACAUGACAACGCCAGCGUGGGCCGGUGUCGUGAAGGAAGCAACAUCGAGGAACAAACAUCGGCAUCUACAUAAAUGUUUGGCGGUCCGCGCGGAUUUCUUGGAUCUGCGUUGGGACCCCCCUGGCGGCGCCUCCGGCGCCGCCCCUGGCGCGCUCCACGCGCCAGGGAGGGGGUCCAGAGCAGAUCCCAAAGCGCCACAAGUUUAUGUUUAUGGCGUUUUUCUUCCUCUAUCAAGCCAG